UUUGAAACAAAUACUUUAUGACGUGCGGAUUUCAUGGAGCCGCCGCGCUUCCGGAGACCUCCUCGCCGGGUCGCUGUCCGCGCGGCGCCCCCAUCAAGGUGACUCGGCGCAGGGGAGCAGAGCGGCGCCGUCGAGCUGCGUGGAAGAAGCCACGAUCGUCUUCUUCUGCGCGGAGCCUCUCCUCCUCCUCCUCCUCCUCCUCCUCCUCCUCAUACACAAGUCGCCAUGGCGGACAGCGCGAGCGAGAGCGACACCGACGGCGCGGGCAGCAGCUCGGCCACCCCGAUGUCGACGUGCGCCUCCAACUCGGGCAAGCCGAGCAUCGUGAUCUCGCAGUUUCGCCUGGAGGAGCUCACCAACCGGCUGGCCUCGCUGCAGCAGGAGAACAAAGUUCUGAAAAUCGAGCUGGAGACGUUCAAACUCAAGUGCAAAGCGCUGCAGGAGGAGAAUCGAGACCUGCGCAAAGCUAGCGUCACUAUUCAAGCCCGCGCGGAGCAGGAGGAAGAGUUCAUUAGCAACACGUUGUUCAAGAAGAUCCAAGCCCUCCAGAAGGAGAAGGAGACCCUGGCUGUCAAUUAUGAGAAAGAGGAGGAGUUUCUCACCAACGAGCUGUCCAGGAAGCUCAUGCAACUCCAACAUGAGAAGGCCGAACUGGAGCAGCACCUGGAGCAGGAGCAGGAGUUCCAGGUCAAUAAGCUCAUGAAGAAGAUCAAGAAGAUGGAGAACGAGACCAUCUCCAAGCAGCUGACUUUGGAGCAGUUGAGGCGGGAGAAGAUCGACCUUGAGAACACAUUAGAGCAGGAACAAGAAGCCCUGGUCAAUAGACUUUGGAAACGGAUGGACAAGCUGGAGGCAGAGAAAAGUGACCUUUUAUUCAACAGGAUCCUCCAGGAGAAGUUGGACCAGCCCGUGUCAGCCCCCCCGUCCCCACGGGACGUCUCCAUGGAGAUCGACUCCCCGGAGAACAUGAUGCGGCAUAUCCGCUUCCUGAAGAACGAAGUGGAGAGGCUUAAGAAAAGCCUGCGCACCACCGAGCUGCAGCACACGGAGAAGCGUGCGCAGUACAUCGAGGAGGAGCGACACAUGAGGGAGGAGAACGUCAGGCUGCAGAGAAAGCUCCAGAGGGAGAUGGAGCGUCGGGAGGCGCUGUGCCGACAGUUGUCGGAGAGCGAGUCCAGCCUGGAGAUGGACGACGAGCGGUACUUCAACGAGAUGUCGGCGCAGGGCCUGCGAGCGAGGACGGUGUCCAGUCCCAUCCCGUACACCCCCUCCCCUAGCUCCAGCCGCCCCAUAUCUCCAGGUCUGUCAUAUGGCAGCCACACAGUCGGCUUCACCCCACCGGCCACCCUGUCCAGAGCCGCCAUCUCGCACUACAACACCCCUGCCCUUCACGUCCACGGAAGCUCCUCCCACUCCGUAGCGAGGCCCUCGCCGAGGAGAAGCACCAGCCCUGACAAAUUCAAACGUCCGACCCCCCCACCGUCCCCCAACACACACUCAGGGGCCCUGCAGCCUCAGCCCCCGCCGCCCCCGCCCAUGGUCCAGUCCAUGUCCUCCCCGGCAGCCAUGUCGCAGCACGCCGCAGGGGCCCAGCCGCCUGCCUCCCAGCCUUAACGCCGCACGCCCACACACACGCACACCCAUAUAUGCACACGCACACAUAAACACGCACACACACACAUCUCCGUCUCGGGGUGCACGAGGGCGCCCGCCGGAUGCCAUGACGCCAAAACCUGCAGCAGCUUCCAUCGUUAACAAGCUCUGGAAGAAGCGCUCAGAAGCAGCUUACAAAGUUUUAAAGAGAGAAGCGACACAAGCCCAGCCAAAAGCCGCGCGGCGGCGUUUCCGAAUUGCUCUUAAACAAAUGGAUGUACCGAAAAAUAAUCGCUUCUGGGACUCGUCGGCCAAUUAUCUGUUCCGCCCUCCCGUCGUGUAUACGUCUUGCGUUACUUUGCUUCGGAACUUUAGCUGGUCGGAAUCGUGUUUGUGGCGUUUUUUUGUUUUUUUUUUUUUUUUUCAGAUAGCACAAACAGCACAGAGCUUCACCGCAGCUUUUAUUUUAUUAUUUUUUUUUUAAUUCGUUGACGAUUUGGAUUUGCGAUAGAUGGAUGUUUGGUUCAGCUGAUGGAUGUAUGGCCGUCUCUGUGGAUGUGAUCGAUUGUUUCCACGCCUCUAAUGUGGCACUCAACUGCAGUAAUGUCCGCCACCCCGACCCACACUCCCUUUUGUCCGUUGGCCGCUGUCAUCGUUCGCUCACAUUUAGCAAGGUUGCCCGAGAGGUGUCAUAGAAGACCACCCGGUGGUCUUUCCCGUAGCGUGUUCAACACGGAGCACGCGUAGCUGUCGUUUUUGUUCCUGCAGACAUUUUCCAAGCUCGUCGAAGUAAAUUUGGGGGAGGGAAGGCUUAAAGGGGUGCGAGGGGCGGGGGUCGUCUCUCCGGAUGCACACUGGUACAUAAACCACAGAUAAAUGUCGCCUUUGAGGUGUUAAAUAAUGUAGUCCGAGGUGUUACUUCGUCAUGUACUCUUAGCUCUUCUCUCUUUCUCUGAGUGUAUUUCUCAACGCUUUAUCAUCAGAUAAUGGCAACAAAAAAAAGAAAAAGGAAUAAACACAUUGUGCUCUUUACACUAAAUAUACAUACUGCUAAAACAUUCUCAAUGAAUGGUACUGUCAAACUAAAUUUCUAUGUAUAAUUAAAAGCUCUUGAGAUGAAA